CCCGGCGGCGACCCGGAAGCACCCCCGCGGCGGGCGGGAGGGACCUGCGCUUAGGAGGGGAGGUCGGACCGCACAGCUGUUGCCCGGGCGAUGGCGGGGACGGCGCUCAAGAGGCUGAUGGCCGAGUACAAACAAUUAACACUGAAUCCUCCAGAAGGAAUUGUGGCAGGCCCCAUGAAUGAAGAGAACUUUUUUGAGUGGGAGGCACUGAUCAUGGGCCCAGAAGACACCUGCUUUGAGUUUGGUGUCUUUCCUGCCAUCCUGAGCUUCCCGCUGGAUUACCCAUUAAGUCCCCCCAAGAUGAGAUUUACCUGCGAGAUGUUCCAUCCCAACAUCUACCCUGAUGGCCGAGUCUGCAUUUCCAUCCUUCAUGCUCCGGGCGACGACCCCAUGGGCUAUGAGAGCAGCGCCGAGAGGUGGAGCCCCGUGCAGAGCGUGGAGAAGAUCCUGCUGUCGGUGGUGAGCAUGCUGGCAGAGCCCAACGAUGAGAGUGGCGCUAACGUGGAUGCUUCCAAAAUGUGGCGGGAUGACCGGGAGCAGUUCUGCAGGGUGGCCAGGCAGCUGGCGCAGAAGUCCCUAGGGCUCUGAGGCCCGCCCUUGCACGCACGAGGACACAGCGCUCAGUCGCGGCCGGGGUUUCUCUGCCGAAGGCGUAGUGACAGGGACACUCUGUGCUGGUACCAAAAAAGGCAAGCUUGCAGAACCACAGAUCUGUUUUUUCCCCUACCUUUCCCGCUCCAAACAGGCUUCUCUUCUAAAAUUAUGAUGUAUGUAGGAUAAUGACAGCCAGAUGCAGUUUUAUGGUGUUCCUGGCAGGGUGGUUCAGGGAGAUGGUGAGAGCUGUCCCCACCACCUCUCCUGCCGGAGCGCCCACAUACCACACCGCCAGCGGCUUCCCUCUGUCGCGGUCGGUGGGGGCGUGUGUAUGCCACACUCCAGGGGGCCAGAACCAGUCAUGCUCCUUCUGAAGAAACAGGGCCUCGCAGCUGGAGCAGAGGCUGGGUGGGACGGCUCUGUGGGCCCCAGGACAGGGACAUAACUUUGUUUCUGUGCUUUGUAGUACUUCAGACAUGUUUCCUUAUAAUCUCGUUACAUCUUUUUUGUUGUGUAUUAUAGACUAUCGCACUUAGAGAUACUUUCAGGAAAUAAAUACUUUUUAAAAAUGUGGAUUAAUGAGAAAUGGGGUGCGUGAAAGAGAGGUUUACUGCUGGUUGUUAAGACUGACACUUUCCUCCGGUCAUAUUUAGCCAAGAUUUACACUUGUGUCCUCGUUGACUUGCACAUCACUAGGGCAGGAACACGUGGACCCAGCUGAACACUGGGAGCUCUGAGCUGCUGUGUGUGUGGCCGCAGCUGGAGCGUGAACUACUGAGACAGAGUUGUUCUUUGCAGCUUGGUGUCAGAAGGGAACGUUCACCCUCGUGAGUGCAGAGCGCAGAGCGCGGAGGCGUGCCUUAUCCCUGACCUUGGGUGGUGACCGAGGCAGUGGGGGACGCAGGGCACUUAGUUGCAGUCUGUGGUUUUGCUGCAGUCCUGAAGCUCGCCAGCCUGGGUGGCUCGGCAGCACAGCACCAGGGUCUCCAUUGUCAGCAAUAACAGAUCUGUUGCAUGCAGAAUCAGAUAUUUGGCCUGUUUCAGACAGGUUAAAUUUAAGUAGGACUUUGUAUUUUUGAAAUAAGGGACCGUCUGUAAGACGUACAGGAGGCCCUACUCUCCACUAUCCCUUCCCCGUUUUGGACGCAGGAGUCUGUCUUGCUGAAAGCUGACAUGUACUUUCGUGGUGUUGACAAGUGCUGGUGGAAGGGGCUCCAUCCAUGCUGGGCUUCUGUUAGGAAACCAGAUUCUUUCUCUCUCAAGGGAACCAUUUUGAAGCUGACAUUCAGUACAAGAACUUGUGUUUGGAAUGGCAUCCGGAAAGGAGAGGUGUUGUACCCACAUAGUAUUUGCAGGCCUCUCCACCCAGAGGGAAGGAGUGGCUUGUGGGGGGAUGUGCCGUGCGGGGUCCGCAGGGCUUCCAUGAAAUCUGGAGGAGGAAGAGAGGCAGUCUCUUUGCAAACAAAGUAUUUUUAUUCACUUGUAUUUAUUAAAUAGAAACAAAGAAUCUCGUGUCCUUACUCUUUGGUGGAGUUUAAUUACUGUGUUAAAAAUAAAGUUCUCUAUUUUCCCCCUA